CUGGAGCUUCAGGUGGAGGCGCUGCGGCGGCUGUGACGUCACUCCCCGCCGGCCUGACACUCUCUGACAGACUCUCGCGCGGACGGACGGACGGCGGAUAAAAGUCUCAAUAUAUCAGGGAAUAACAGCCGCAAACUCCAGCUACAUUAUUUCACUUCUUCUAGCAGGGAUGGAGAGGGAUUAAACUCGUGUUUAGAUGGUGUAAAGUGUGUCGUUAAGCGCUCGGAUCUUCGGGAAUGUCAGGAAUAAACUUCCUGUUGAGCUUUAGCCGCCCGGAGCUCCUCUGAAGAAGGAAGUUGAUGGAGUUUUGAGGAGCUGUUUGAAGAUGAGCGUGACGUCGUGGUUCCUGGUGAGCAGCUCCGGCACACGCCACCGUUUGCCCCGCGAGAUGAUCUUCGUGGGCAGAGAGGACUGUGAACUGAUGCUACAGUCUCGCAGUGUGGACAAACAACACGCUGUGAUCAACUAUGACGCGUCUACGGACGAGCACCUGGUCAAAGACUUGGGCAGCCUCAACGGGACCUUCGUGAAUGACCUUCGCAUCCCUGAUCAGACGUACAUCACCCUGAAGUUAUCAGAUGUCAUUCGCUUCGGAUAUGAUUCACACAUAUACAUCCUGGAGAGAAGCCAACACAAAGUGCCAGAGGAAGCCCUCAAGCAUGAAAAAUACACCAGUCAGCUUCAGCUGGGUCAAGAGACGCCGGAAACCAAGAAGCACAUCCAGACAGAUGAGAAACGCAGAGACUCAUUACGCGCUAAAUCCGAAAAAACAGAGCGGAAAAACAUCACAGAUCCGCCCGUGUCCAGACCCACGCCUCUGUACGGCCAGCCGUCCUGGUGGGGUGAAGAUGACGAAGAAAAAGGUCAGCGUUGUGAUCUGAGCGCUCAUGACCAUCACACAGAAAACCACAAGGAUGGUACCAGAUGUGAGGUCAGCGUUUCUCCAGAUGAACUUCACGAUGGCCAGGGCAAGUCCGGUUACUCUUACCGCAAGGAGCCAAGCUACUUUGAGAUUCCCACAAAGGAGAUCCAUCCAAAGCCCAAAACCUCAUCCCUGGAAGUCCAAGAGAUCCCCACAAAAGACACGGACCACAAACCCCCUUCCACACCCCCGGUGGUACAGGGCCAUGCCUCCUUCACCAUUGAGUUUGAUGACCAAACCCCUGGAAAGAUGAAGAUCAAGGACCACGUCUCAAAGCUCUCCAUCCGCCCGCGCAAGAUCCCCACCAAAGAGUCGAUAGCCAGACUUACAGAGGUGAUGUCGGUGGAGAACAAAGUAGCUGAUUGGUUGGUGCAGAGCGACGCCUCCAUGUUGAGGAGUCUAGAUGAGCAGUCUGGGUCAGACAAGAGCUUCAAAGAUUCACGCCAUCGUGAAGAUGAUUUGGAAGACCCAAUUUCCCACUCUGGGUCACAAAAGAUCGUACCACGACUGGAGGGAGAAGAUUACCCAACUAACUACAUGCCAGAUUCAAAGAGCCAAGACAAACCAGAUCCCCAGCAAGCUUUCAUGGUCGAGUUCUUUGACGACACUCAACGGAAAAAGCGCUCGCAGUCGUUCACCAAUAACAUGUCUUCUCCUGACUUCCAGUCUGCUCUAAAAAGCAAGUUAGACAAACGAAAAGUUGGAACUUCGUCAUCCGGACAUAAUCCUCCCACACAGCAGUUCACGAUUCCCCUCAAAGGUUCAGAAGGUCCUCAGCGGGCCGCUUCUCUCAGACGGGAGAAGAGCGAAAUCCGUAUGAGCACGUCUGACGUUAGCUCCCGCUCUACGUCAAAACCUUUCGGCAGCAUCGGCCGGAGGUCCAAACUGUCACAGGACUUUGCGGCCGAGUUGCUUAGGGUGUCGAAACCCAGUCCUGCCACCACAUGGGACCAUAAGACCUCAUCUUCUACGCCUACGACAUACUCUGGCUCCUCUGUGACACAUGCCACGUCUCAUUCACAAAAUCACACCGUGAAUCAGACCAUCAGAUCUCCUUCUGUGCCCAUGGAAGUUAACAGCACUGAGGCCAAAACUCCACAGCAGGAAGAGGAUGACAGUUUAAGUGAUGCGGGAACCUACACCAUUGAAGCCGAGGGACCAGACAAAGAGGUUGUGGAGGCACGGGGCUUAAUCGAUCAGGUGUUUGGUGUUGGCGACAACAGCCAAACCUCAGCAGCAGCAACUGUUAAGACUAUAGUUGGUGACACUGAGGGUCACGAUAGUCUUCUGCUCAAUAAGAAUAGCUCAGGCCCAAAACUGGGCCAAUAUCCAACAGACCGUAGUGACACAGUACAGAUACAGUCGAUGACGUCAUUAACACCUGGAGGCACUAGGUGGGUUUCCCGUUGGGCAAGUUUGGCGGACACCUAUUCAGACUCUGGUCCUGCUUCAGGACUGUUUGACAUCCCAACACACGUUGAUCUUUCUGCCGGAGCUGGUGAAAGGAUCAUCCACCAAGCUAUGCUUAACCGAAAUGCUGACUACUCGGAAACAGGUCAAAGCAGCAGAUCAAGGCGAGUUCUGCCUCAGGUUCCUUUGAAGGAGAAGACCGAGACGCCACCGCCCACCAUACGCAUCCAGCCUGACUCGUACCUGUCAGGUGUGGAGAAGAGUUCGCAAGUUCCGAAGCAAAAGUGGGAUCCACAGAAACUGAGUGUCCAAGAUGAUCUAGAUCCAGACAGUCUGAGUGAUGCCAGCAAGUCCGAUGAUGGCUCUGUGGUUGAGCAGUUCAUGACGACUCCUGACACGACGUGGAACCGGUCUCCGAAGACACAACCCAAUCAAGAAGAGACAAAAGACCUGGAUUCACCUCCCAAAUUCUCCACGGCUACUUUAACGCGACCACAGGGCAAUCUUACCAAGAGCAACUGUUCACCACCAAACAUUGAUCACCCAAGCAAGGACGACUCUCUUGGUGUAGACAGUUUAGUGUCCGUCGUCAGACAAGAAAGUUAUACCAAAGAAAGGGCCAGCGACGACAUCCAGUUGUCCAGAUUGCCCCAGAUAUCUAGUCAACCCUUUGGGAAAGAUGCUUUUAAAGGCGUAAGCAAUCAAGACACUCAAUCUUACCUCAAAGACACUGAGGAUGUUCUAGCUUCUCUGGAAGCCAAGCUUCUGGAGCAGCAAGACAACAACGGUCGCUCCCAUCUGGAGGACUCCUUCUCGGGAGAAUCGGACACCUCCAGUACAAUCAGUGGCAAAAACGCUUCUGUUCCUCCUAAGAAGCCUGUGGUCCUCAGAGGACUUUUAAGAGGUACCGGUCAGUAUUCCAGAGAACCUAAGACUUCCGAUGAUCCAAAGGACAGUGAUGGCAAGGCAGGUCCAGGCAAACGUUUGCAGCUCCGUCGUAAUCUUAGUUCUCUCGACUUUGCGCCAGAACAAAGUCCCACCACUCGGAAUUGGCCUGAAACCGUCUCCGACCAGGAAUCAAGUUCCCUACCUUACAAAAAGUACACUAUUCCUCUUCAGAAGGAAGGUGCGAGCAAAUCCAAAGGUACGGUGCAACAAACUCUAGGUCGCUCUAAUAGCCUUUCCGCUCCAAGAGCAACAAGGGCUUCAGUGCUUCGCCGUGCCCGUUUGGGCGAAGCCUCCGACAACGAAGGCACCGAAACCGAUCGGACGUCUCAGAACUCCGACGUCAAUCCCUCGGCAAACAGUCGGGGUGCUCAGGAGAGCAAGAAGCUCUCUCGAUUGGACAUUUUAGCUUUACCUAGGAAAAGGACAGGCUCCUUCAACACUCCCAGUGACACAGAGUCUUCCACAAGCAGGACGGGCUUUUCAAACCGCAGCACAGAGUCGGGCAGCUCCGUGCGGAAAGCUUCAGUGCCGGAUCCCAAGGCUCUUCUGCGGAAGGUUUCAAAUGCCAUGAACAGGCAACCAAUCGCCCGCGGACGCUCAAGCAGUGCCAAAUACGCCAGCAGUACUGCCAAUGACAUGGUGUACCAAACGCUCCUCCUUCCCAAUGUCCUGGGCCAAGGCUCCAGGAGGCGUCAAAAGGGUUCAGACUACGCCUCCACCUCUGAGGAUGAGUUCGAGACUAACCAUAGCACCCCUAAACACAAACGCUCCCAUCAUUCAGGGGCCCAGCAGAACCCCAGUAAUCCAUCCAGCAGGUCCGGUGCGAGCCGUACCCCUUCGAGAGACUCCGAAGGGGAAGGACACGAGAGCGACGCCUUCCAGAACUGGACGUCUCAUAGUGCUGAGAUUGCCAGAUUGAGUCAGGACCUGGCCAAAGAUUUGGCUAUUCUGGCUCAAGAGAUUCAUGAUGUUGCUGGAGAUACAGAAGCUCAGAGUGGCUCCACAGACAAGAUGGGACCAGCCAUAUCUGCCCACGAGGAGUUGCGGCACCAGAUUCCUGAAGCCAGUCUGAAUUUCCAGAAGGAAUCUCCAGUUGCAGCGGCGGCUGACGAGUCGGAGGCGACCGUCGGUCAUCACGACGUCAGAGGACCGAGUGUGAGACCAGACGAGGUUACGCUGAACAACGUGAUGCUGAAUCCAGUGUCCCAACUGUCCCUCGCCAUCCGUGAGAACACAGAGCAACUAACUGAAAAAAUCAAGGUUUUGUUUCAUAAUAAGAUGGAUGUUUUGAGUGAAAUUAAGGCCAAAAUCAAUGCGGCUGAUGAUCCUCCACCACUGAAAACAUCAAACAAGGAAAUUGCAUCAAUUCUCAAAGAGCUGAGGAGAGUCCAGAAACAGCUGGAAGUCAUCAACACAAUCAUCGAUCCUCGAGGAAACCCUGACCUCAGCAGGACGGUUUCCUCAGCUGGCGUUCGCAGCUCCAGAGCCGCGUCCCGGGAUGCGAGAUCGUCCCAGCGAGGCGGCGGACCGACGCCGAACAGCCGCCGCAUGUUCAGAAGCACAGACAGGGAAAGCUCACUGGUAUGACGACUCUGUCCGUGUCGGUUCACUCAAAGCAUCAUCACUAGUCACUUUGCUAAUGAUUUCAGCACACAAGUGGAAAUCUGCGUAGGUUGUUGGGUAGAAUCAAACCGUCUGGCACAAGCUCCUCAUGAAAACCUCAGGCGUUUGGGAGAAUAUGAAGAUAUGUUUGAGGUACAUUUGCACAUUUAUAUUGCUCCAAACAAACCAGUUUCAACAGCUUGUGGCAUUCAUAACGCAUAACGCUUGAGAUUUUGGCAUUCAAUGUAAUAACUGUAAAUACUCUGUUAAUGAUUUUUCUUUAUCUUUGUUACUUUUUUUGAUUGUUGUUAUGGAAAUAUAAGGUCAAGUAAUUUACAUGAUUAUUUAAAUCACUUUUUGUCUCUGUUGGACAGGGUAUUUGUCUGUGUUAAAGAUCAUUAAAGAAUUCAAAUGUAA